CUCAAUUCUACUGGAGGCUGAAGCGACGCCAGCAUCAUCUACCGCGUUUCACGGACCUGCUACGAACCAUUUUCUCCCCAUUAACCUCUCUAGGGCACUUACACGAUUGAAGACCGCGCAUUCACGUCUCAAGUGAGAUCGGAGAUGGACGCCCAAGAACCGGCCCAAGUGGUGCAAAACGAGGUUCCGGCCGCAUACAUCUGUCUUGUCGACAGCCGGAGUCAAAAUCAAUCUCAGCAAUUGCUCCCCAUUUGGCAUCGAGACAUCUUCAAGAUUGGACGGGACCCACGAUCAAACACUCUCACAGUCGACAACGACCCAGACUAUUCCGUCUCGCGAAACCACUGUGAAGUUUAUGUCAUCACUUACGAGCCAACCAUCAACUAUAUCUACGUCCGCGAUCGAAAGUCGUCUAACGGAACGUAUGUCAAUGGUGACUUGAUCGGGAUAGGGCCAGGGAUAUCCCCUGGCUACCUACUGCAAGAUGGCGAUAGCAUUGAAAUCCGUCCCUACUGGACGUUCGUUGUCGUUCAAGAACGGCCACCGCCUCGCCAUGAUCUUGACAGCCUCCAGAUGGAGGAGUCCAAACUCUUCGAAGACAAGUAUGUCUUGACCAACCGCUGCCUCGGCCAAGGCGCGGAGGCGGUAGUUCAUUUGGCUAUCGAUACCGUAACAAAGAAGCAACUGGUUUGUAAGCUGGUUAACCUGGACAGACUCCAAGGGAAAAACGCUCAAGAGGAGUUACGACGCAAGUUUCAAGAGGCAGACAUCCUGCGACAACUGCGACACCCAAAUAUCCUGCGCUAUAUCGACACUAUUAGUUCCCCUCAUUCACUAUAUACCUUUACCGAACUGGCAGCGGGAGGUGACCUAAUGUCAUUCAUAUACCGCCAGGAUAUGGUCAAAGAGUUUGACUGUCGAAUCAUUAUCCGCCAGGUGGUUCGUGGCCUCGGGUAUCUUCACGACAAGGGCAUUGUGCACCGAGACCUCAAACCGGAGAAUAUCCUUUUGGCAUAUUCACCAAAAAUUGCAUACCAUCGAGUUAUGCUCGCAGACUUCGGAAACUCGGCCGUUCCCCAGCGGAGCAGGAUGGUUACGAAAGUUGGGACUGUGAAUUACCAAGCACCGGAGUUCUUAACAAAUACUCAAGCUCAUACGUCGGCUGUGGAUAUUUGGUCGCUGGGAAUCGUGGCUCUCGUCCUGCUGGCAUCCAGUUCCGACCCCGACAUUGAGGAUAUCAAUCGUCUGACUCAAAGCGACAUUGCGGAGUAUCUCAAGGGCACGUUUGCCAAAAUGCACAAGCAGCCAUCCCGUGAUGGCAAGAGCUUCCUCUGGUGCUGUCUACAGACAGUACCUCAGGCGAGGAUGAGUGCGGUCGGUGCGGAAUGUCAUAACUGGUUGUGCACUCCAGAUAAAUACCUUCAAUUCUUUCAACUGCUGGACAACAAAAUGAUGUCAGACUGGAAACCUCAAGACGAACUCAAGCCUAUGCCGUGGGAACUGCCUAACCUUAGGAGCAGCCCAAAAAUUGCAGAGAAGAAUGUCGAGCUUCGCUGCAGCCAGUAUUUUUCGACCGAUGCAGUGUUGCAGUCGCCAUCUGGGCCUCUCGAGACUGUUGACAAUUGCACUGGAUAUGAUCAAGUCAUAAAAUCGGACAAAAGUAUCGCUGAAGAAGUGAUAUCUUUUCCCAAGGUGUUGGUUCUGCGGCCAAAGUCACCAGCCAACACAACGGAUCCCAAGUCUGUGCCACGAGGAGAUAUCGGAAAGCAGUCCCAAAAAGAUGCCACAAAGCAACCGCGGUUACCUUGGAAGGGGUUUCUAAAGCCAAAACAUCCGGUCCAGCCCGAGUUUCGGGUCAGACGUAGGAAAGGCUCAAAAAUCAAGGCCCGUGAUGCCUUGCUUCCACUUCCUGGCCUUGACAGACACCUGAGACCCUCUCACAAUCGCCAUCAUCGACAACAGGUGCUCGAAAAGCUUGAAAAGUCGAAUACCAAGUUUCUUGUUGACGCGGAAGAUAUCAUCCCGAACACCCCUCCUAACGUGGCACCUCAAGUACUGACACCAAAGGCUCCUCGGGCGGAGAAGAGAGUACGCCAUGGGGUGGGUAAGUUGGAAGACCAAGAUCAGCUGCAUGUUCCGCGAAUCAACUUCCGCUGACCGAGCCACUCAAAGCUGAUUGAGACAUUGCGUUAUUGGCAAGGUCAAGAAACUUAAGUGGUGCAAUGUGGUGGUCAUACGGAGUGUUCAUUUCAUGGUCACGGCGUUUGGGGAAAAUGGGAAUUUUCAACACGGGAUGCUGGCA